AUGUUUUCAGAAACUUUAUCGGAAAAUGACUUAUGUCCAACGUGUAAAACGUUGCGAAAGAAAAAUUUUGGUACAAUUCGAUGUAAAGAAUGUAGAAAAAAAUUUUGUCCACAUCAUAUUGUCGUACAUAUACAAGAAAUUCGUCAAAAUCUUAAUCCGAUUUUAUCUGAUUUUACUCGAAUAAAACAAGAAUUAUUCGGUUUUCAAGAAUUAUUGGAUAAGACAAAUCAAAAUGAUGAGAAUAUUCUAUUUCAAAUUGAUCAAUGGGAAGAACAAAUGAUUGAAAAAGUUAACCAAACAGCUGAUAAAGCACGUGAAUAUGUUAAUGAAUCAAAAAAGCAAACAAUAAAUGAAAUAGAACAUAAAUUUCAUAUGAUGAAUGAUGAAUUGAAUUCUCGAUUAGUCAAUGUUAAAUUAUUAGAACCAGAUAUUUCUUGUGUGAAAAAUAAACUUCAACAAUUGAAAUUAGAAAUUGAUCAAUUAUUAGUUACCAAUAAACUAAAUACCAUUCGAUUAGAUAUUACUCAAAGUGAUAGAAUUGAUUGGACAACAAUGAUUCGUGUAUACAAAAAUGUACAAUUAUCUUUUGAUCAAUUAAAAAUGAUACAAAAAAGAUCAAUAUCAUCUAUUAAAAAAAUCUCUCGUAUGGCAUCAUCUGAAAAUAUAUUAUUAUAUAGUGAAGAAAAUGAAAAAUUGUGUCUUGCUAAUCGAAUAGGAACACAAAAACAAAUGAUGAUAGAAUGGAAACAUGGUAUAAUAAAAGAUAUGUGUUGGUCUUCAAUGUUAAAUCAAUUCAUUAUUAUAACAACUAAACAAGUUUUUACUGUUGAAAUAGUAAUAACUAUGAAAAUAAAUGUUAUUUCAGAAAUAAAAAUAUUGGAUAAUCGUGAAUUUGGUACAUGUGAUUGUUUUGGUGAUAAAUUAUUAUUAGCCUAUUGUGAUGAUGGUAGUCCAUUGGAUCAAUAUUGUACAAUUGAUUGGAAAUUAGAAAAACGAUGGACACCAUUUGUAUCAAAUGAAUAUGUAAAAUGUCUUCGAUUUAUGAAUAAUAAACAGAUCGCAUUUACCAUACUUAAAUAUGGACGAUCACAUGAUGGAUAUACAUUAAAUGUACAAAAUGUAUUUCAAAUACGUGAUAGAUUAACAAUGAAUAUUAUUCGAAUACAUGAAGAUUUUAAAUUUAUGAAUCUUAUUAUUUUAUCGAAUAAUCGAUAUUUAACACUUCAACGAGAUAAUUUACUUGUUAUCGAUGAAAAUGGAAUUAUUAAACGAAAUAUGACUUAUGGAAAAAAAAUUAAGUAUGCAGUUAUUAUUGGAAAAGACUGUCUGGUUAUCAAAACGGAUAAUGAUCAUACACUGGAAUUUUAUGAUCUUUCAUCAUAA